CGUUCGUGUCGUUUCGUGGUUGGAAGAUUGCCGGUAGGCAGAGCGUUUGUUGUUAUCAUCGUGUUCCGUCUUGCAGAUUAUUGCUGCUAUGUCGUGUGUGGCUCUUGUUUGCUGCAAUCCAUCUUUUCUGUUGCAGUCUGGAAGAUUUGACCGCGAUUCUACCUGAGCUGAGCUGUGUGCUGGCAGUGUGAAUUCCUUUUUGGCCUCUUGACGCCCCACGGGACGGGACUGGUGAUCGUUUGGGUUUUCGGUUUGGAUGUGUGCGUGUUUCCUGGAUCUUAUCAAAGAGACCAUCAUCGGGUGAUCUCGAGGGAGUUCGUGAUCGCGUUGUUAUGCUGCUGCUUUAUGUUGUGAUUCGCUGCAUCCCGGGUUUCUUGUAGUGAUCGCGGAGGGUAGAGAUCAAAUUUGAAGGCGGAGAACGUUCGUCUCUGUUUUAUGCUUGCACACGUACACCUGUGCUAAAGCACACUUACACUGUGUUCGAGUGAGUUUGAUGGGAAUCGAAGAAGCGGCGAAGAUUGCGAAGUGCAACUCCGGGAAGAUUCGAGCCAAGGUUGCUUGGAAGAUCACUCGAUCGACGGCGAAGAAAUAAUCGUCCAAGUUGAGCGUCCGCCGGCAGUUCCAGAGAAGACCCCGAACCCAAAGUGAACGCUCGGUGGUAAUGAAAGUGAUAGACCGCAUAGAAAAUUGAAGCUGCGGCGAAAAAGAGUUACUUGUGCGUGAAGAGUGAGGUUUUAAUUGAGAUUUAUUGCAGCAGUAUAAGGGGGAAACCCCUCUGGGUUUAUUAGAAGAGAAGGAAAGGAGUUGGAAAAAAGAGUAUCGGUAAUCGUCGUCGUGGGGGCAACUGGUAGUGAAAAGUGCUUUGAAGUGUUUAUUUUAUCGACCUCCAAGGGGGGGUUGGCCUAAGCUCAUCAUAUAUUGUUGUUGUGUCUCAUAAACAAGCCUCAAAGUGUCGCUCAAGGAGCGCGGCAGUAUCGGUGGCAAGAUGGCACCCGGCAAUGUGCCCGGUGAGUCCAAUUCCGGACCGCCGAGCCGAACGCCAUCGAUCAUGGAUAGUCCAACGUUGGCUCGGGUCGAGCGGGCCCGACUCAGGCAGGAAGCGGCUAGUGCUGGGGGAUCUCCUGGGCUUGGAGGAGCGACCGGAAGCAGCCAGCGAGAGGACAGCUUGGAGCGGGUGUUGUUGGAUCCUAAGAAAUCCCUGCUAAUUGGACGUAUUCCGGUGGCCCAAAUGACAGGACCAAUCAAAAGAGGCCUUCUGUGGCAGCAAAGGGACCGACUUUUUUCCCGCUGGAAGGAACGAUACUUCAUCCUGACGCGUGAUUAUCUCAAUUGUUUCAAGCGAGCAUCGGGCUCAGCAUCGGAAAAAAUCUCGGAUAUGGGACAAUUCAUUUUCAAAAUCAAACUGGUGGACGUAGAAAAGGUCGAAUGGCUGAACCGUCGCUCUUAUAGCGCAAUCGGCUUGCUUCUCGGCGCCCGGGAAGGUCGUGUUUUAUUGCGCUGCGAUCAAGGACUGGAAGAUUGGUUCGAGCUGCUGGAGGAGUGUACCCUGAGCAGCAAACAACGCCGCCAAGCUCUUCGACUAACGCAAGGUCCACGAUCUCGAGCCUCGCUGGCGGCACCGGUUUCGCACACCUCGCUCCAGAACAAUCACCUAGGGCUGGGUGGAACCUAUUCCGGAGCCAUCGAGGAUUGGCUCAUGUCCCGGCAUCACAAAACAUCCGUCAAUCAUCACCAUUUGCACUUUUUGCAUUCGGAUUCGGUUCCGGAUUUGAGUACUAUUAAUGAGAAUGGUUUGACCAGUGGAAUGUUGACAAAUCAUUCCACCCCUAAGAAGGUUCCCAAUGCCCGUCAUAAUCUUUCCGGAAGUUCUACCAAUGGUUAUAAUAGCCACAAUGGAUCAUUCUGCAAUGGAUUCCCUUACUCACCGUUGAAGAAACUGUCCGAUAACUUCAUCAAUGGGAACAGUACCUACAUCAUCAAUGAUGAGGAUGAAGAAGUAGAGCUACGACGAGGUGGACGUUAUAGGGAUAAUGAUGAUCUUUACCGACGUCCGCUGGGUCCAGGAAAUAAUGAUAACAACAGACAUUCUUUACUAACGGAUCUAGACUUUUCCGCUUGUGACAGUGGCCUCGAUACGCCUCCUUCAACUCAUCGUCCGUCCAGCUGCCGCGAUAAUAUGUAUCUGAUUGCGGCCUACAAUCAUCACAACCAAAGCAUCAACUCCAGGGAUAAGACCACCGAUACCGGUAUCAGCUCAUCGCGGGGAACGUUGGUAUCGCCGGCCAACAGCAUUCGCCACGGCUAUGUCAAUGGAGGCAGCAACAACAAUAACAACAUGAAUAGCUACGGAUCUAGAUACAGCGUUCAAGAACAGAAAAUUUUGCGUUCAAGAAAUCAUCCACUAGAGGAAAACAAAAACUCACUUCGCUCAAUCCGUGCAGAAUUCUUCGAACAGAACAAAUACAACAACAAUCACAUGGUCAAUGGACAUCACAAUCACAACGUGCAUCACCAAGCGUCAACCGGAAUCGGAAGCAAUGGAAAUAUUCAUCAACUGCAUCAUCAGCUGCACCAACAGCAGCAGCAACUGCACAAUGGUCUGAACAACAAUGUGAACAACGGAAACGGUGGACAUCACCACCAUCAUCAGCUAUCGCAGCAGCAACAACAACAACAACAAGGGCUACACCAACAUCACCACAACCACCAUCAACAACAGCAGCAGAUGCAACAGCAACAGAUGCAGAAUCAGUAUCACCAUCAUCAUUACGCCAAUGGGAAUGGCAACAGUAGCACCAGUAUCAACGCAAUCGGAAGUAAUUCCGGAAGUGGAAAUGGAACGGCUGCAAUGCGUGAUCGCUACCAGCAUCCGGCACUGACGGCCAUCAUCAACGAUACCCAGGGAAUGAAGUUCAGAGAUCGUUCCUAUUCGGAUUGCCAACAGAUGCCUCGCCGCCAGCAGUGGACAACAAACACGCCUAGUCCCAAAAGGAUUCCUUACCUUGGAACGCCACCAACUCGAGUUUAACGGAACCAAUCCAGAGUGGGGCUUUCGAACUCCAACGGUUUUGCCUCGUCCAGAUGAAUAUUUUAAAAAUUGUAAACUUGAGCUAAUUUCACUGUACACUUUUUCUCCGAAGCAGCGGAAAGUAGUAGGUAUAUGCGUGAUAGUAAAACUAAACAUGUGGUGAUGAUCUAGGCGGAAUGGAGCUUAACAUUUGAAGAACAAAAAUCAAAAUUGUCCACAAAAUGUCUGUAGAUGUAGAAUGAUUUCUCCCUUUGAACUAAAUUAUGUAGCGGUAUUUAUGCGAAAA